GAGAGAGAGAGGCGCGAUAUCCGGGCGCCGGCAAUGGGCACCGAGAGCGGCCGGGCGGCCGCCCUGCUGAGACAAGCGCGCACCCUCAACCUGCAAACCGGCAACCUGCUCAACUGGGGCCGCUUGCGGAAGAAAUGCCCGGCCACCCCCAGCGAGGAGCUGCGGGAUUGCAUUCAGAAAACCUUAAAUGAAUGGAAUUCAAAAAUCAGCUCUGAUCUGAUGAAAGAAAUUCCUGACAUUAUUGACUGUACUCUCCCACAAGCCGUAGAAAAGAUUAAUUCUGAAGAAAGAGAAGAAUUGAAAGUUUCAGCAAAGCUCUUUGUCACGAGAUCAAACUCCUCAUCAAUCAGAGAAGCAGUCAAUAUGACAUGUUCAGCUCUUGGUGUGGAACAGUUAGAUUCUGUGAUCAUUUCUCCCCCUCCAAUGGAAGACGGAAUUAAUUUUUCUUUAGAAUAUUUACAACCUUACUGGGCAGAGCUUGAAAACCUAGUCCAGAACAAAAUGAUUGUUGCCAUAGGGACUUCUGAUCUAGAUAAAACAUUGCUAGAACAGCUCUUCAGGUGGGCACAGGUGAAACCAAGUAGUAACCAAGUGAAUCUUGCUUCUUGCUGCGUAAUGCCACCAGAUCUGACUUUAUUUGCAAAAGAAUUUGAUAUUCAGCUGUUAACUCAUAAUGACCCAAAAGAAUUGCUUUGUGAAACAGAUUUCCGAGAAGCUCUUCAGGAAAGCCUCCCAGAUUGCCAGGGGCACGAAUGGAUUCCCCUCUGGCUUCUGCGGUAUUCAGUCAUUGUUAAAAGCAGAGGAAUUAUCAAAUCCAAGGGCUACAUCUUGCAAGCUAAACGGAUCCCAUCUUCUUAAGACUGAUCUUGACAACUAGCUACUUUGGAGAGACCCUUUCUCUACUACAUAUUGAACCUACCUAGUAGUUUUUUUAAUUGGCAGGUUAUCAUAAAACCCAGAUUACAU